AUGAACGAAGACGACCGAAUCAUGGAUAUCUACAAGAAGAUCGAGCGGGAGAAGAUGUUGAUCCAGGCAGCAAGCAUGAUGCGCCUGCAAACCAACAACGAUGCUGUCCAAUCAAAGCUCGACUCCCAGAUGCGCGAAGGCCGGCGCAACCUGGAGUUUUUUGAGGAGAAGUUGCGUGAAUUCCAAAUGCGACGUCUCGGCCAGGGCAUGGAAAACGUGAGCCUUGGAAGUGGCAGUGGCUCUGCAAGCGGCUCAUUGCGACCCCUCAGCACCGAUAUGCACCCAGACAAUGAAGGCCCCCCGGCCCCGCCGCCAAAAGACGCCUCGUCAUGGGCAGACAAUUCAACGCUGGCUUCCACCAACCAGCCUGGACGGCAGAGCGAGUUACAGUCUCCGAACUUUUCUGUGUCUCCCGCGAAAAUGUCUAUGCCCAAGGCGCGGCCCAACUUCACGAAGCUUGAUCUGAUCAAAUACGACACGCCCUACCUUGGUCCGAGAAUCCAGCACAUGCUAUCGCAGAUACAGUUCAAACUCAAUGUCGAAGAGCAGUACUUGAAAGGAAUCGAGAAGAUGGUCCAGCUUUACCAGAUGGAAGGCGACAAGAAGAGCAAGACCGAUGCAGCCUCCAAAAAGGUCGAAAGCAAACAAAAGAUUACCCUGCUGAAGCAGGCGCUGAGACGAUACGAAGAGCUGCACAUUGAUAUCGACUCUGCAGACUCACCAGAUGAUGACAGUGUCAACGUCGCAAACAUGCGGAAGCCGCUUUCUGGCCAGCUGUCCAUCCGGGUGAUGUCAGUCAAGGAUGUCGACCAUGCGCCUACUGGCCGCUUUAGCCGCGGGCCCGAGUCCUUCAUUGCCGUCAAGGUCGAAGACAACGUGGCCGCACGAACGAGGCUGUCAAGAACGGACCGUUGGGAAAACGAGUUUCACAACAUCGAAGUUGACAAAGCGAACGAGAUCGAGCUCACCGUAUACGAUAAGCCCGGAGAGAACGCCAUCCCGAUCGGCCUGCUCUGGGUCCGCAUAUCCGACAUUGCGGAGGAGAUACGUAGGAAGAGGAUCGAGGCCGAGAUCAACUCCUCCGGCUGGGUGUCCGCAGACAAGAUGUCUCGCGACAGCGGCCGGGCCGCGCCACCCCAGUUUCCCACCACUCCGCAGACCCAAUUUAGCCCGCCACCAAACGCGCCGGGGAGCUUCUCACCAACGCAGCAGCAGUCGCCCCAGACGCAAGAGGCCGGCGGUGAGUUCCCACAGCUGCCACAGCUGGCUCCCGAGCCAAUCACCGGAUGGUUCAAUCUAGAGCCCACCGGGAAGAUUCAACUGAGCUUCAAUUUUGUACGCCAGAACAAAGACCGCCGCCCGCUCGACCUUGGUCUGGGCCGCAAAGGCGCCAUUCGGCAAAAGAAGGAGGAGGUGCAUGAGAUGUACGGACACAAGUUUGUCCAGCGCCAAUUCUAUAACAUCAUGCGGUGCGCCCUCUGUGGUGACUUCCUCAAGGGUGGCGCGGGGAUGCAGUGUGAAGACUGCAAGUACACCUGUCAUGUCAAAUGCUAUUCGAGCGUUGUCACCAAGUGUAUCAGCAAGUCGAAUGCCGAGACAGAUCCGGACGAGGAGAAGAUCAACCACCGCAUCCCCCAUCGUUUCCAGGCCUUUGGAAACUACACUGCCAACUGGUGUUGUCACUGUGGCUACUUGUUGCCGUUUGGCAAGAAGAGCUGUCGAAAGUGUUCAGAAUGCGGCCUUACUGCACAUGCUGGAUGCGCCCAUCUUGUGCCGGAUUUCUGUGGCAUGUCGAUGGCUGUUGCGAACCAGAUAUUGGAGGGCAUGCGGACGCAGAAGAGCCGCCAAAAAGCCUUGUCCUUGAGCGACCGUACUUUACGUCCUCUGAAGCCGGGUCAGGCAGGCCAGCAAUCGCCAUACAUGUCUCCAGGCGCGAGCCCGAGCCUCUAUGGUCCUGGGGCGGCGUCUCCUGAAGCUACAGAAGCAGCCAAAGCGAUGUAUGCGAGCCAGAUGUCGCCCAAGCACGCUGAACGGCCAGACCGCACGUCAAGCAUAUCCAGCUCGGCAGCAGCAGCAGCAGCGACAUUGGCGAUGUCGGGAUCCAUGACGUCUCCGGGGGGCACAAAGGGUGGUUCGGGCGGAUAUGGAGACCCGUAUGGAGCAUUGCAAACGUCACCUACCCAGGCAUACGGUAGUGCGCAGCAGCAGCGGAAGUAUAACCCUGCGGACUAUGCCAACAUCGGUGGCCAAUAUCCCCCAAGCCAGCCGCAAGCGUCGCAGAUGAUGCCGCCCGCAUCGUCUGCCGCCUUGCAGCAGCAGCAGCAGAUGCCACCGCAGCAGCAACACAUGUAUCAACAGCAGCCGACAUCGCUCCAGCAAGCACCGCUGAUGACGGAAGCUAACAUCAAGCCAAUGCUUCCCGAACAGGCGGCGGCUGCGCCGUCGUCGGUGGUUGACCUCGUGACGGGAACGGCGCAGAAGAAGCCUCUCCCAUUGGCAACAGACCCAGGCACGGGUCAACGGAUCGGACUCGACAACUUUAAUUUCCUUGCGGUCCUUGGCAAGGGCAACUUUGGCAAGGUGAUGUUGGCAGAGACGAAGCGAACGCAAAAGCUGUAUGCGAUCAAGGUGCUCAAAAAGGAGUUCAUUAUUGAAAACGACGAAGUUGAGAGCAUCCGGUCGGAGAAGCGGGUGUUCCUCGUUGCGAACCGGGAGCGGCACCCGUUCCUGACCAAUUUGCAUGCGUGCUUCCAGACGGAGACGCGUGUUUACUUUGUGAUGGAGUACAUUAGAGGUGGCGAUCUGAUGUUGCAUAUUCAGCGGGGGCAGUUCGGCACGCGGCGGGCGCAGUUCUAUGCCAGCGAGGUGUGCCUGGCGCUCAAAUACUUCCACGAGAACGGGGUGAUCUACCGUGAUCUGAAGCUCGACAAUAUUCUCCUGAACAUCGACGGCCACAUCAAGAUUGCGGACUACGGUCUCUGCAAGGAGGAUAUGUGGUACGGGUCGACGACAGGGACAUUCUGUGGCACGCCCGAGUUCAUGGCGCCGGAGAUUCUGCUGGACAAGAAGUACGGUCGUGCAGUGGACUGGUGGGCAUUUGGAGUGUUAAUCUACCAGAUGCUGCUGCAGCAGUCGCCAUUCCGUGGCGAGGACGAGGAUGAGAUCUAUGAUGCGAUUCUCGGAGACGAGCCACUCUAUCCGAUUCACAUGCCUAGGGAUUCAGUGUCGAUUCUGCAGAAGCUGCUCACGCGGGAUCCGGACCAGCGUCUGGGCAGCGGACCGACAGAUGCGCAGGAGGUGAUGUCGCAGCCGUUCUUCCGCAACAUUAACUGGGAUGACAUCUACCAUAAGCGGGUGCAGCCGCCGUUCCUGCCGACAAUCAAGAGCGAGACAGACACGAGCAACUUCGACUCUGAGUUUACGAGCGUCACGCCGGUGCUCACACCAGUGCAGUCAGUUCUGUCGCAAGCGAUGCAAGAAGAGUUCCGCGGCUUCUCAUAUACGGCGGACUUUGUAUGA